ACGAUGACGUCUGCCACAACACGGUGACCAUUGUUGUGCAUGAUUGAGUGAAACCAUUAUUAUUAUUACUGCACGUUCGCUGUUUGGACCGUUCAGUCUUUAGUCGCUGUUUCGACUCCAACGCCGCAUUAACUUCGUUAACGUCUCUCAUGCGAAUCAGAAUCAAACGAUAACCUAUAGACACUCCGACGUGUUCUCCGCGAGUCACAGUAUACACCAAUUAGGUACCUACCUAAACCACUGCACUUAUACAUUACGGUUGUCGUUAAAAGUGGAUUUGUCACAAACUUACAAUGGGUCAAUACGACCAACCUCACUCAUACGUUUGGCCUGCAGACUACAACUGGAUGAAACCACAGCAACAUGCUGAAGUUUCAACAGUAAGCCAAGUAAACUUCCCAGUGUCAUCAACAGAAGUACUGGUGCCAUGGCUAUUAUCUAUGUGGAUGAUGGGAAACAAAACUCCUACAGACUACCCUAAACGCAAAAUUGUGAAAAAACCAUACAGAAAAGGCCGAAAUGAAAACACGGGAUUUAAAGAUCGUUUUACGUGGGGACAAAUAGAUUUAGAAUAUCCCGAUCAAGAUACAAGACAGAUGGCUAUUAAUAACGGCGCAUUUAUACCAGUUAACAACCUUUUGUUGGGGCUAGAAGUGUGGAAAAACAAAAUGUUUUUAAGCCUGCCACAAUGGAGACCGGGAAUACCAGUAACGCUAGCGUAUGUGGAUUUGAACAGUCACACCAAGUCUCCAGUGCUGAAACCAUAUCCCUCGUGGAACUGGUACGCUAGUAAUAUGAACCGCUGUCAUGGUUUGGUAUCCGUGUUCCGGAUGGAAGUGGACAAGUGUGAUAGAUUAUGGGUGUUGGACACAGGCGCCAUAAACUUGGCAACUAAGGUCGAUCAAAUUUGUCCGGUCAAGCUAGAUGUAUUCGAUUUGAAAACCGACACGCAUAUUAAGCGUUUUAUUAUCCCAACAAAUCAAACGUUAAAAGAUUCGCUGUUCACAAACAUUGUUGUCGAGAUUCUCAACAAUAAUUGCGAAGACGCGUAUGCUUAUAUGUCUGAUGUAUUUCAAUACGGAUUGGUCGUUUACAGCUAUAAAAAGGACGUCUCUCGACGGAUCAACCAUCCGUAUUUCUAUCCGGAUCCGCUGUAUUGCCAUUACAGCAUGGACGGCAUAAAGUUCAACUGGAUGGACGGCAUUUUCGGCAUGUGUCUGUCGCCGGACGGCGGUGUCGGGCAGCGGGUGCUCUACUUCCAUUCGCUGUCCAGCCACAACGAGUUCUACGUGCCCACCGCGUCGCUGCGCAACGGUACGCUCGGCGAGGGCGACAUCAUCGAGCACUUCUUCGCGCUCAACGAGUCGCGGUGCGCGCGCCACCAGUCGUGCCAGUCGUCCGGCAUGGCGGUGGACGCGAAGGGCGUCAUGUACUACAACCUGGUGACCUCGGGCAAAGUGGGCUGCUGGGAUACCGGACGUCCGUUCGGGUCGGUCACGCAGGGCCUGUUGUCCAGCGGUCCGACGCCGCUCAGCUUCCCCAACGACCUCAAGGUAGACAAGGAGCCCGCGCAAAGGGUGUGGAUGCUCAGCAACGGGCUGCACAAGUAUCUGUACGGCAAACCGGACCCGAAUCAGGUCAACUACCGGAUAAUGGUGGCGCACACGGACGAUGUCGUAAAAGGUACGGUUUGCGAAUCCAACUAACCACUCAAUAUAAUAUAAUAUAAUAUAAGAUUCCUUAAACAAUAUAAGACUUGAAAAAACGGUUAAAACAAAAAUCGGGAUAAAAACGAAUACUAUACGUGAUAUAUAAUUAUAUAUACCUAGCAGGUAUGUAAAACUCGAAAUUUAAAAAGAAAAAAGAAAAAUAAUAAAAAUCGGUAUUCAAAACCAUAACUAAAACGGUGUUAAAAAUUUAAAAAGAAAAAACAUAAAUUUAUUUGGAUAUAUAUUAGUUAUUAUAACAUACUGUUUAGCAAACAUAUAUGACUAUCUAAUUUUAUUCAUAACGAUUAUGAAAUUUUUUUUACAGCAAUAACACUGUUAUAAACCGAAAUAAAAAAAAACCGGUGACUAAAAUUGUUAUAAAAACCGAAAUGCAAUUCAAUUGUUGCCAAAUUUAGGACAAAAGACAUAUCUACCUAUUAUAUUUGCUCAAUAUUAUUAUAUAUUUGAUACGUAAACAUGCAAAUUAUGUAUGUAUAUAUAUAACACACAAGUACGUUUAAACGAUAUUGUAACGUAUCAUCAUUAUCAUUUAUCUUAAUAAUUUACAACUUAAUACGAGUGCCAAAUAGUUUUUCUUCGUGAAAAAUUUAAAUAGUACGGAUUCGCAAUGCAGCAAUCAAAUUUCACCCGGUAAGCGAUCGAAUGGGUUACGCGUAGUAGCCAGUAGGGAGGUACCUAGUCAACAUUAAAACAUGUUAAAUCCUAUAUUCAUGACAACUGUUAGCUAUAAUUUGUCAUUUCGUUAAAAAGAUAGCUUUUUAUGCUAUUUACUAUUUAGUGAUAGAUAUCCAGUAAUCUAACGGUUAAGAAAUAUUGAAACACAAUUUGCACUUUACCUAUGUAAUUUAUAUAUAAAAAAACAGAAAUAAAUAGAAAUCCUAAAUGCUAUUUUCAAACUUCUUGUUUCGUGUAUUUUAUCUUUUUAAACUUGAAGAAAGUUAACUGAAACUUGAAAGUAUCAUUUUUUAAUAAUUCAAUUAAUUAUUUUUCAUAAGAUUUAGUGUGGUAGUAAUAUUAUUUAUUAUUGUAUAUUAUUAUAAAACUAUUUGUCAUAGAAGUUACAAUAAUAUUAGUUAGUACCUAUACCUCAUAUACCUAGUUAAAAAUGUAUUCUUUAGUUACAGUGUUACACUAUAAUACUAUUAAUACUAUAUACCUAUAUAGCAGAAGUCGACAAUUAAAUUUUAUGGUGGUCUAGAUAAUUUGAAAAAUAUUAGAGUAGGGAAAAACAAAAGUGUUAGUUAAUAAUAAUUGUUGUGUUAUCGUGUGUAAUAUUGCAAACGACAAGCGCCAUCGAAAUCUCCAAAUACCUCAUGAAAACAGAUCAAAUAUAUCUAUCAUGUGCGUAAUACCAAUAAUACCAUAAUUAAAAAAAAUAUUUUUGGUUAUCUAGUUAUUUGAGUGUUAUUUCCUCUACAUAGUAUAUACUUACAGUUUUAUACUUUAUACUAUUUCUAGUUUUAUAAGCACAUAUAAUAUAGGUAUACCUAGCCAUAAAUCAUAUGAUUGUAUGUAAUUUUUUUCUGCAAUGCACGGCUUUAGGUUUGUAUAUUGUAUAUACCUAUGUACUAUACUACUAUUGUCUAUUAUUGUAUAUACUUGUAAAAAUAAAUGUUUUCUAUAACCUAAUUUGAUAAAAAUAAGUUAUUGAAGUAUAGAUAAUAUAUUUAUAAAUAAACAAUAAUAAAAAAUUUAAUUUUUUUUAAAAAAUUAAUACUAUAAUAAAGAACCAUAUCAAUUGAAAUGGACAAGAAUGGUGUAAUGAGCUUUUGAGCGCUUUUACACAAAACCAAAUAUUAUGAGUAAAAUUAAUAAUAAACAACUUAAACCACUGAACAGCUCAAUAUUAGUUCUUAUAUUAAUCUCUGCAAUCUAAAAUCGUUCUGGUUCACUCCUUGACGCAAAAGAGUAGGUACAUAAUAUGUACUUAAAUAGUGUAUUCAAUUAUUUUUAAUUUUAAUGUAAGUUUAAUAGUUUAUUAUCUUUAACGCAUUUAAAAAUAUAUAUAUUUUUUGAUUUUUGUGUAAUUAACCUUAUUUUAUUAUAACAUUAUUACAUGUAUUUUAAUCUAA